UUGUUGAUUUUGUUGGAUAUAAAGUUAACUAUAUAGUUGCUUCUUCAUUACAUUACAUUGGGCUAUGUUACUGGUUAUCGCGUCUUUUCAUUAUUUAUUCAUCCUCUCCUCAUCAUAGUGUUUCAUAUAUACAUCAAUUACAUCAAUUCGAUCAUUGUAAAUCCACAGUACAUAGUUAUUCGUAAAUCUGUUAUGAAUACAAAUACAGUUAAGACAAUUUUUUUGGGGCGAUUUUAAAUAUCUUUGUGACCACGCACCACAACUCAAAUUUUGUCGAUUUUUCAUAUUCCAAACUUAAAACUCAAACUCUAAAAAAAAGUAAGCAUAGUAAAAUAUCUAUCAACAAAUAUCAACAAUUAUCAAUCAUCAUAGUAUACACACACACACAUCAUGACUGAUUACAAUUCAAACACAGUAGCACAAUUAAAAGACUUGUUAAAGGAAAAGAACUUAUCCAUUGAUGGGAAAAAGGCCGAAUUAGUGCAAAGAUUAGUUGACUUUGAUGAUUCCCAAUCUGCCCCAGAAGCAACUGUGGUUGAAGAAUCAAUUGAAGAACCAGUAGCUGAAACCACUGAAGAAACCGCUGCGGAGCCAGCUGUCGAUGCCACUGUUGAAACUGCUGAAGGUGCUGCUGAAGAUGAUGCUACUUUAACUGUCAUCCAACCGGCUCCAAAGGAAGAAGUUAAGAUCUUAACUGCUGAAGAAAGAAAACAAUUAAGUAUUGAAUUAUUAAACAAGAAAAUCGCUAGAGCUGAGAAAUUCGGGGAUGAACAAGCUGCUGAAGCAGCUCGUAAAGAUUUAAUCAGAGUUGAAAAAUUCGGAGUUGAACCAGGUACUGCCUUAGCUCGUGAAAUUGGUCUUGUUGAUAAAAGUUUAAGUAAUAGCAAAUUCCAUGGUAAUAGAAGAAGAUUCAGUAAUAAUGGUAAUAGAGGUUUCAAAAAUAAAAAUAAUGGUAAACGUCGAAAUUAAGUUAUAGGUGUAUAUAUAUUAUUAUGUUUGUAAUGUAAUGUGAUGAUAACCUCUGUAUGUAUUAUAAAAAAUAAAAAAUAUAGGUAAAUAAUUAAAUAGUUAAUAAACGUACUAUUCUAUUGGA